UGGGAACAGAGGGCAACGACUUCCUUAUCAAAAUGCAGAGCACAUCUUUUAUCUUUUAAUUCUAACUGUUGAAUGGGUAUCUUGGUUUGAAGGGAGCUGCUGGUGCAGUUGCAUUUUUUGUGUGUCAAUUUGGGAAUACCACCAAGUAUGUUGGUCAGAGGUUGUGUGUUGUUAUUCAUAGUAAUUAGUAUAGAAUUAUGCGAGGGAUGCGAAACUGAACAAACGAAACAAGGAUGUAUGAUCAGGAAUUUAGUCUGCUCGUGCGGAUUUGGAUGCGUUUCGGACUACAGAUAUGACACAAUCCAAGAAUGCCAAAGUGCCUUAAAAGGUAAAAAAAGGGAUAUCUGCAAAACGCACAACCCAUGUAUGCAUAAUGGUACUUGCAUUCAAAUCUCUCAACAGCCUGGAUACCGAUGUAGAUGUGAAGGAACCGGAUUUUUCGGAUUAAGGUGUAGCCGAGCUUGUCCUGUACCUGGAGCUGGAAGGGUGGCGACAAUCUAUCCCUAUGAAUGCAUAGUAAUAUAACUCAAACCAAUAAUUAUCAAUAUUUAAUGUUGAAAAAUCUCACUUGUACAAAUAAAACAUGUUUUUCAAUAGUAGUCACUUAUAUAUUUAUUUCCUUCAAAAUUAAAACAAUUUACAAAUAGAAGAUAAUCCACAUUCAAUAUUUUGUAGUUAUUUCCAAAAAACUGCAUCACAGUACCCACAUCAACGCAUGUAAAAAAAAAUAAAAAUAAAUUAUACACUACAUUAAUAAAAACAUUUACCGAAAAGGGAGAAACUAGAGCUGGAAUUUUUCAAACAUGUCAAUUUGGUGGAGAUGAUGACAACUUUUAUCACAGAAGAACACAGUAAGGAUCAUAGAAUAGGACUAUAUAUUCGGAAGUUUCAACAUUUCCACUGCCCACUUGAGAAGAAAUCCCUUUGAAAUUUCAAGAAGUUUCAGGACAAGAUACAGCUAUUUUAAAACAAAUACUUUUUGACCCGUCCACGAACCAUCUUGAAAUUUUCUAGGCCUCGACGCAAAUUUCAUUAUGGAUACAAAGAGCUGUUGCGGGUACUGACAGACUGCAAACUAUCAUUACACCUAAAUGGAGUCUAAAUAAAAAUUACAAAAGGUUUCAUUAUAAAUGUACAGAUUACUCACGGAUGCAGUCUUCUCUAGAUCAUAUUCUAAUACCUUAACUCUGUAUCCUAAUAAUAAAUUCAUUGUAUUUAUAUUUGUCAAUGGAUUAUCAUUUUUUUCUUGUUUUCAAGCAGCGUUUAUUAUUGGUUUAAAUUCAAAUUCAAGUUUUUUCCUCAAUCAAGGGCAGCGCAACUUUGUUCGAAUGUCAAUUAUGUAUAAACAUCAGCUACAACUAGAUUGGUGUAUAUGUUAACGGAAAAAAAGUUCCUUGCCCAUUUAGACUUGUCUGUUGCAUAUUUAUCGGAAAAUUAUUCUAGGCAAGAAUACUGCAAUUGGGACUGAAAAAAGGAACAAUUUAUGAAGAAACAUUUUCUUCUGAGAUCUCAAGACAAUGAAAUGACAUUUCUUUGUUAUUUUUUUCAAAUAGCCAGAUAUAUAUCUCCUUGCAGACAAUUAAAAAAUAUAUCCAUGUUUCUAGUAAUAUUACUAUUCCUCAAUCUCAAUUUUCAUUACAAACCUCCAUUUCAAACCUAGUAGAAGUCUUCAGGUGUAGUGUAUAUUCUUAUAGGAAGAAACAGUUGAAACAAUAAAUUUAUCUAAAGCAAAACUUGUAGCAACAUAAUUGUUUCAAAUGACAUUGUAUUUUUUUUCACGUCAGCAAUUUAUCACACACAGACAUAGUCUUUUAAUAUGCCCAUAUUUUUCAGUAAAUUAACUAUUACUCAAAGAAUGAAGAUCAUGAUUGAAAAAUAUAAUAUUCGAUAACUUCAAAAAAACACAUUAUCAAUUAUUCUGAACAAAGACCUAAACUUUCGAUUAUAAAUAUUCUUGCCCAGAAUUCAGGAAAAUGUUCUCAAUCAACAAGACCUAAAUUUAAUGAAAUACAGUGUGUAUAAUUCCAACUCCAUUCUAAGACAAUAAUAGUAAGUUAGUUGCUACCAUGAUUUAAUAAAAUGACUACGUUUAUCUCGUACCUUCAAAAUCAGUUCAAAAUUAAAUUGUUCUAUUUUUCAUUCCAAUUCAAUCACAAAAUAAAUCAACAGUUUGUUAGCACUUUUCAUUCAAUAUCAUGAUGGCUCACACGAAAUAUUCCCAUGUUACUAACAAAGAAAGCAUUUCCGAACUUACUGCAAAAAAGCGACAUCAUCUCAAUGUGGAAUAGUCAGUUGAUAUUUGGAAUUUACAUUUGUACUUAUUUGUUAUAGUGGAACUUCAUUCAACACCUUCAGCAAAGUAUAUCUCAUCAUGUUCAAUGUCAAAGCUAGCACAAACACAAAUAUACAAGGUGUUCAUUGAAUGGCGCCCUGAUGAUAUUGUUACUGAAUAUUUCAGAAAUAAUGUGACAAAAUCAUAAAUAUGGAAGGAGCUUUUCAUGGAUAUGAAGGAAUAAUAAUUUGAUGAUUCAGUUGAGGAGUUUGUCAGACAGGUUCGGACUGGGGUACAUAAUGCCAACUUUUUCUUUGCAUUGUUUUCCUUUCGACCGUUCAGUCACAGACUUUUUGUUUUAUAUAUGAGGGUCUGUUUGGUACCAAAACUAUCAAACCACAAUUUUCAAAAUAAGUAAUGUGACACAUCUAAUCGACAUGAAACAAGAGUGCCCAUUUUCUGGGAAAAUUGUCAAAAAUCAUAUCAUUGGAGACCAGAAUAAGAACAAGAAGCCUACAAAAAGUAAGGACCACAAUUAACCUAGUAACACCCUGUUUUUCAAUUGUCAGAUGAAUAUUAUGCUAAUUACGGGACACCCUGUAGAAUUCAAAUAAUAUACAGGGUGGGUCACGGUCGAUGGCACCUUAGACGUUUACGGAGAACGUUACAUAAGAUCAUUCUGAAAAUUUGGUUACUCAAGUAAUUGCCCUUGAUCUAUCGAUCUAAAAUAUUUUCAGCUCUGCG